AUGGAUGCUCACGUUAGAUACAGGUGCAUUUCGAACGAAGAUCGAGACCGACUCAUCGACGCCUUCGACGGUCAUCAGGCCGACUACCUGGAGCUGGCAGAUACGCUUGGUAUCAAGCGUUCCACAGCAAGAUCCAUCGUGGCCAACUAUCUGCGGACGGGGAAUCGCCAUAAGCUGGCAAGAGGGGGAGCGAACAACUCCAAGAUGGAUGAUGACAUGAAAGCGCGACUUCAACACGUGAUCGACGCUAACCCCCUUGCUACUCUCCAGCAAAUGAAGACUGAUCUUGCGGCAGCUCUACCUCAAAAGCCAGCUGUAUCUAUCGCUACCAUAUCAAGAGCACUUGACGGAAUGCUCAUAUCAUUGAAGCUGGCGGAGGACGUACCUGAAGGCCGUAAUGCCCAAAGAACUAUUGAUCUGCGCUUCGAGUACGCCGAAUGGUUUAUGGCGGAGGGUGUAGAAGCCCAUCUCGUGUUCAUAGACGAAACGGGGUAUAACAUUUGGACGAGACGUUCGUUUGGAAGGGGACGUCGUGGAGAGCCAGUUCGCAGGGUCGUACAUGGACAGCGAGGACAAAACGUAAACAUUACGUUCGCCGUAUCUGGCGAGGUGGGACUUGUACACCACACAAUUUCAAGCGAAACAACAACACGGGCAAGUUUCGAAGAAUUCCUUGCGGGGACUGCCCGGCAGUGUGUGGACAUGUUUCCACCGGAAGAUCAGGUGUUCUUCAUCUAUGACAACGCCAGACCACAUGUUCGCGCAGAGCUGCCCGCGGACGUAGAUCCAAACAUCCACCUCAAACGCCUGCCUCCUUACUCGCCUUUCCUUAAUCCCACCGAGAUGGCAGAGGGUAGGGGAUCGCGAUGCGGCUCAAGAAGCUGGAAUGACAAUGGGGGAACACCGCCGUGA